AUGUCGAAGCUAGUUAGACGGGCUAUAAUCCCAGUAAUAACCCUACUAUUCAUCGUUUGUAUAACUAUACUAGAGAAAUCGAAAUCGAAUGCCUCCUUGUAUGAUACAUCAAGUGGAAUUUUCGAUUCUAUAAGUCACUUCACAUUCACAUCGCCUAAUGGAGGAAACAUGAGCCCGAAUCAGCAAAGCCCCCCAUCUCAUCAAGCACAAAGUGAACCCAGUUCCAAUAAACAUGCUACUGAAAAUGAAGAACUAAACGAGGAGAUACCAGAUCCAUGUACCAUAAAGAACCCACUAAACCAAGGUUUUAUUGACUUGAGAGGACUUUCAGCCAUGAGUAAUGAAAACAGGGCUCUACCUUGGAAAUCGCGUGGUUACGACUCAGGCAAGAAUUUCACCAUUGGUAUAUGUUCCAAUCCCUUCAAACAAUCUCAUAACGAACUUAGCGAGAUCCAAGACAGUGUCAACUCGUCCAUGAUUGGAGCAUACUACGUCGAUCCUGCAACAAACAAGUAUGUGUCCAUGGGAGAAUAUUCAACCCAACCUAUCUUUAGAGGCCGUAAAUUGACAUUGACGUAUGAGAAUGGGUCUUUUUGCAACGCUUAUACUUCACCUUCGGGACCUCGGUUGAGAAAGUCGACGAUUUUGACUUUUACUUGUGAUCGGGAAAUGUCGGCCAAGGCAUCAGUGUCAUACAUAGGAAGCUCGAAUGAUUGCACUUUUUUCUUUGAGGUUCGGAGUCAUCAUGCCUGUCCUACAGCAGCAAAGGCAAACAACAUGGCUGCUUUUUGGAUCUUUUUGUUUAUAUUCUUGGCAGCUUUGGCGGUUUAUUUCAGCGGUGGGUUACUAUAUAAGCAUAUGAGGGCUAGUAAGAGAGACAAUAGAGGUGUAGAUAAAGCAUAA